CUCUUUGUUCGACUCCCUCUCGUUAAAGACAAUCUGUAUCACUACAUACCCUGUUUCGCGGCGGUGAUGUUGGUAUUCGGAAUCCAAGGGAGUGGCCCAUGAUCCUUCCAACCCCGUCGUUCGUCAUUCGAUGACGCCAGCCCUUCGCAAAUAUAUCCCUUGGAACAGUUGAGCACAAACGCACAGUUUGUCAACCAGCUCAUCCACCGAAGACGAGAAAGAGUAUACUAGUUUUACUUUUGUCACUUCGUUACUAUUUCUUCCUGCCAUAUCUCCUUCAUUCUCUCGCCUCGAAAGACAGAAGACCCUUGAUCCCACAACUCUAGGAACAGAAGAACUCGUACCACCGGGUCGCGUCCUGCGCCUGCAACAAUGGCUCCCAUACCAGUCCAUACCGCCUCGCCAAUAAACACCAAUCUCCCCUCGCAUCCUUUCGGCGUAUCCUCACCAAGCACUGCGGCGGCUCGGUAUACACCUUUCGACGAUGACGAACGGCCGACUUCCACAGAGCCAUCUCGUUCCUCGUUCGCGCAGCAGCCUGCGCAACCUGGCGCACCAGCAGUUCCGCAACCCACCAACACGUUAGCCAGCAGUUACAACAAUAGAUACGAAGCGACACCCACUUCAACCAACACGCCAACGACCACAUCCAACUACAGCCCUCCCCCGCCGCAACCAGGCGCAGUACCCUCGCCUUUCGCCAGUCCGUCGCCACGCCCCACCGCACCCCUUCCACCACGUCCUCUCGAAAUCCCCCAGCAUCAACAAUGGAUGCCACCGCACGCAUCACCACAGCGCCACGCCGUUGUGCCUGUACAAGCACAAACUCCCACUCACUCCCGCCCGCUGCCCGUUCAAUCCCCGUCGUCGGCCGUCUACACGCCAUACACGCCUUCCCGUGCCAUCCCUCCCGCUGGCGUGACUUCGACCACCACGAGCCCUAGCUACAGCUUUAACUACCCACAACCCCAGGACCUCUCCCACCCGCCGGGGUACCAACAAGACCACCACAGCUCCUUCGACGACAAACCCAUUGAAUCAUGCCAAGAGAGCGACUACCGUGCCACCCUUUCUCCACUGCCAUACUCGAAAAGAGGCGGUUUAUUGGACGGAGAAUGGAGCUUUGGCUCGAACAACGCCGACUCGAAUGGUACGGUGGUGAAGACGGCCAUGUCGUGGGCGAAAGCCGCGGGCAAAAGACUGAGUGAGACGGAAAGGCAGAUCUGGAAGCAUAUCAACGGGGAGGAUGAUACGUGAAAGCCAAGCCUGGGACACCCCGGGUACAAGUGGAGGAAUCUUUCUUUCGGAUGAGACAAGAGUGGUGCAUGGCGUAGAUGGGUAAACGGUUCAUGAAAAGACGAAGCAUGGGAGGAAAUGUUUGCAGAUCGGACCAAGGCGCAGUGACAUAUAUAUACCCGGAAUGAAUGAAUUAUUUAGCGAACGAAAGAUUGAUAACGAACAAAAC